AUGAACAACGAACCGCGCGACGAUCACUUAGCAUCAACGAAACGAAUCAACAAUAAUAGUGGACGAUUCGCUCAAAGUUGGUCAUUACAACCGAAAAAAUGCCGUUCAACAAAUAAUCAAGCGAAAAUUGCUAUGGAACCAUUAAAUGAGAAUUUAACAGAACUUUGUGAGGCGUUUUUCAGGAAUAAAGUUUCACCAUUGAACACGUGUUUCCCAAUUGUGAAUGCGUUACCGUACUUUAAUUUGUGUAUGAAUUAUCCAAAUGGGGACAACCGGACAUCUUGUACCGCGGCUGUCGCUUAUAUGGAGGCUUGUAAAUUGGAAAAUACUCCGCUUAGAAUACCCGAUGUUUGUGUACAAUGUCAAUUAAUAAAUGGUACAGAAGUUCCCGAAGGUCAAUUUUUGAACUUAGAUGCUGAAAGUGUACCAAAAUCAGCUGAUAUUGUUUUCAUUGUGGAGGCAAAAGAAUGCAAUGCGAAUAUUUCAACAAAACGGAACAUCAAUCAAGUUGUAUCGUUAAUCCAAAAAGAAUUGACCGAUUUGAAAUUAGCGAAUAAUCGAUACGCUUUAGUUGUGUUCGGUGGUCCUGGAAUUUAUAGUGAGCCACGAAGUAUCAUUGUCAACAAUCAAAUAUUUACAACAUCGCAAGUGAUACCACAUUACUUCGAGAACAUACCAACCGGUAAUGGAAGUUCGGAUAUAUUCCAUGCAAUUAGUUUUGCCAAAGAGUUGAUAUUCCGACCUGGUGUUUCGAAAACAAUGAUUUUGUUACCGUGUAUAGAUUGUCAAGCAGAUAAUAUGAAACUCGAUUACCCAGUCUUACAUCAAUUAUUACGAGAAAACGAUAUCACUUUACAUAUUCUAAUGAACAACGAUUUUGUUUUCCCGAAAUCACGUAUCAACAAAAUAUUCUACGGCAUUGACAGUAAUACAGCGUAUACGAAGAAAGAUGUCAAAGAGUUGAAGGGAGACGCAGGUUUACGCAGACAAGUGAAAUUACCUAAAGCAGAUUUAGGAUUCUGUUCACCUUUAGCAUUGGAAACAAAUGGGUCAGUAUUUACUGCAACAAAAUUACAGAAUGAUAAACGUGGAGCAAUUAAAAAAUUCGCAACAGUAUUUGCAAAACGUGUUGCACAAUCAGCAAUUCCAAAUAGUUGUCAAACAUGUGAAUGUACGGCAAACAGUGAUGGUGCAUCUUACAUCGAAUGUUUACCAUGCGAGUAUCCAACGGCAUUAUCUAUUGAUUAUAACCCAAUAUGA